AUGUUGCUAUUUGUAGUUUAUCACACUUUGGUAAUGUUGCUAUUUGUAGUCUAUCACACUUUAGUAAUGUUGCUAUUUUUAGUUUAUCACACUUUAGUAAUGUUGCUAUUUGAAGUUUACCAUACUUUGGUAAUGUUGCUAUUUGUAGUUUAUCACACAUUAGUAAUGUUACUAUUUGUAGUCUAUCACACUUUAGUAAUGUUGCUAUUUGUAGUUUAUCACACUUUAAUAAUAUUGCUAUUUAUAGUUUAUCACACUUUAGUAAUGUUGCUAUUUGUAGUUUAUCACACUUUAGUAAUGUUGCUAUUUGUAGUUUGUCACGCUUUAAUAGUGUUGCUAUUUGUAGUUUAUCACACUUUAGUUAUGUUGUUGUUUGUAGUUUAUCACACUUUAGUAAUGUAG